CGUUUAAUGUCGAUGUUCUUACACUCACUCCAUUUCAGUGAAGACUACUCUUUGACUGUGAGGUGGUCGAACAUCUGCGGGCUGUUCUUGUCACUCUCUUUGGGUUUCUUCACUGCUCGCUUCUGUCCGAUUCCCUUGACCUUUUCUGCCACACCCACUACCACACCCGGGCAGGGAAUAAUAUCAAAGGUCACUUCUCUAGAAGUCACUACACCUUCCUCCGCCUCGUGCGCCACGACCGCCUUCCGCCUUCCGAUCUAGCACUCAAGAAAGACCGCCUUGGCUAAGCGUGAUUCUUUCAUCACUGCCUCACUAUGGCUGACAUCGAUGCUGAGCUGCUUGCACUCGCCGGAGGCGACUCCUCCGGUGAAGAAAGCAUGCCUUCUUCUCCCAAACCAAAAUCUCCCUCUCCACCUCGAAGCAAGAAACAGUCUCGAAGAUCACCAACUCCAGAUAUGGCUCGUAAGGGUAUCGCAAAGACCGUCAAGCGUCCUAGACGUCGCAAGGCAUAUUCCGAUGAUGAGGAUGAAGUGUCAUCGCUCUCUCGACAUUCAGAGUCCGCCUCUAUGUCGCAGUCGGAGGACGAAGCCGACUUUGACCCAGCAGCGGACAAACCAAUUUUCCCCUACGAAAAACUCUACUACGAUGCCGAAGAUAAAGCGCGGAUUGAGGCAAAACCUGAAAUUGAGAGAGAAGAGAUUUUGGCUCAGAGAAGUGAACAAGUUGAACGACAUGAACAAGAUCUAACUCUUCGCCGCCUCGUAGCUGCAAGAGCCCGAGAAGAAGCAAAGUCGGCAGCAAAGAACAAACGAAAGGCUAGCGCAGCUGACUUGGAAGACACCCAGCGCAAGAGUACUCGUCAACGUACCAAGGUCGGAGGCGGUAGAGCUGGAGAAGCAAGCAGCGCCAUUGAAGCAUAUAAACAACAACGCGCCGAAAAGAAUCUACGAGAGCAGCAGAGAAAGAGAGAUGGAUAUGUCAGAAAGUCCGCAUCCCCCGAAUUAGACUACAGCGAUGCAGACGCCGAGGCCGAAAGUGACAACGACUAUGACGACCGACGAUACAAGAGACGAUCUCCCAGUCCGCCAAGAGAUGAACCAAUCGCUGAACUCGCCGACAUACAACGAGCCAGAGUCGGUCGCGACAAUUUUGCGCAAGUGUGCUACACUCCAGGCUUUGAGGAAACCAUUACCGAUUGCUAUGCCCGUGUCUGCCUGGGUCCGGGUCGUGAUCCGAAGAUCAACGAGUAUCGACUUUGUCUCAUCAAAGGAUUCACAAAAGGCAAGCCCUAUGCGAUGAUCGGCUCGAAUGGAAGACCUUUCCCUGUCGACAAGUACAUCAUCGCCCGCCACGGCAAGGCAGAGAGACCAUGGUCUUUUCUCGAGUGCUCAAUGUCUAAAUUCACCGAGGACGAAUGGAGACGAUAUCGGGCAACCAUGGCUAACGAAGACUGCAAGCUUCCUACUAAAAAGUUCAUCAAUUCUAAGCUCGACCAAAUCAAUCGGCUGUUGGCACAUCGCUUCACUGAUCACGAAAUCACCGCGAGGAUGCAGGCGCAGAAUGAUCUAAUCGAGAAGAUUACGAGAAGCCGAGAGAAAGAGGAGCUAAAAGAGAGAAUCAAGGCAGCUAUCGCUGAAGGCGAUGACGAUCUUGCUGAAGAACUGGAGAACCAUCUGGCUAGCAUUGUUCCAAUGAAGUUGGCCUUCGGUACAAGUCUGUCUCGCGCAGAUUCGGGAGAGGUCAGUCAAGAACAAGAGCGCAUUGCGGAACUCAAUCGACGAAACCAGAGACUGAAUGCGGAGAACGUUCGAAAGGCGCAACUCGCUGAAAUGAGAGCAAGAAAGUCAAAGAAACAUCUGGCUCCUGGAGUUGACGAAUUAUUUGAGGGUGGGAGUGAUAUCAGUCGCGCAGGAACACCAGUCAACGGUACAGGGACGCCUAAGGUGGCAGCCAGUAUCUCCAGAGCCGAAACUCCAAAUCCCGUUACAAUCGCCAACGGCACUCCACGAAGUUCGACUCCAACAAUCAACGUCCUCAAGCCAGCGGCUGAAAAGAAGAAAGGACUGCCUGUUAUUCGCAAAGCCGCACUGGAUGAUGAGAUAUUGGCAAACAUGGAUCUUGGGAUUGACAUCGACAUCGACAUCUGAACAUGAGGCCCAGAUUAGACUUGUGCGGAAAGGAGCGAGAGAAUGUUUGCGAUGCUUCAUGCUGACCUGGGUCUCUCAGACUUUGGACUAGGAACACCACUUGAGCUGGGAAGAAGGCCCUUGACUGACGGCCGUCACGUUUACCAGAAUUGGAUCUCGGUGAACUUGGAGAAUACCUAAGUUGGUAUCACAUGCAAAUCAAUGUCCUUCAUUAUCCAGUGUGUCCUCGUUCUCGCGAGUGUCAAAGGCUCCCUCAGUUAAUCAACUCACCUGGUACGAGAUUGCCUCCGCUCCAACCCACCUGUCCUUGACUACCUAAGGCAGGUCUCAACAUGCUUUUAACUCUUACUCACCUCACCUUCAGCUGACCCUUCAAAUUGGCCCGGCCAAAGCCACAGCGCACAUAUGCGUCUCGAGUUUCUUAGCCGUUUGUUGUUGUCCCCGUCUCAGUUCAUCUCUUACCUUCAAUCUCUCGCAGUCAACCCCUCGCAUCAAUCUCUCACAUUACUCUCGAGGAGCAUUAACCGCUACGUCAAGCAUCCUUCCAAUACCAAUGCAACCAGUCUUCCCACAGGCAGCACGCAUCUACGAGUCUCUACUCUCAACGGUCAUCGAGUCUCCUAGUCUCUACACUCAGCCUACACUUCGC